GCGAUAGUCGUAAUGAUCCUUUCAGAGUAUGUUCCAAAACAUGUACAGUUAAGAUCAUCGAGCCACUCAUCAUGUGGGGCCCAGUGGACGGCGAUAGACGGUGGAUUCUAAGUCGCGACGGAGGGAAAACAAACUCUUCACUCUCUUCUACAAGAUUGCAAUCCCCGUGUAGCUGGAUAAACCAGCUCCAAAUCAUCGGCUCCACAGACCCGUCCAGGCCAUCUGAUUAACCUCUACCUCAUACUCAAAACGCUCUCUCGAUUCUAUUAAAACCCCCUUUUCACUCUCUCUCGAGAGAUUGAUUCGGUGAAGAAUAAAAAGGAGAAAAUUAAGAGUCUGCCAAACAUGAGCGGCAGAAACCGCAUCCCAGCUGCUCCCGACCUCGAAGAUGUGGUCCCUUCAUCUUACGGUCCUCUACUUGACGGACGAGAUGAUACCACCAAGUGGACCCUAUCGAAUCGAAACAGAUCCCUCCUCACGCUUUUCUCCCUUGGCUUCUCCAUUCUACUCCUCGUAUCGCUGGGGAUGGUACUGAGCGGAGGUAACCACGGUUCAGAGAAACAGUCACUCGUAGCAGAAGACGCCGUUUCGGCGUCAGAUCUCGGCCCGUGGUCGCGAGGAGUUUCAGAAGGCGUUUCGGAGAAAUCCGUCCGUUCAUUUCUAGAAGGCGGAACGUCGUAUCCGUGGACCAACGCCAUGCUGGUGUGGCAGAGAACGGCCUACCACUUCCAACCCGAGAAGAACUGGAUGAACGAUCCCGACGGUAAGAGAAAAUACAAUCUCCUCUCUCCUUUUUCCUACACCAGUUUAAAAAAAUAAAAAAGAUCAGAAUAUAAUGAACAUCCCAUAGGCAUAAAAUAGAGGAUA